AUGGGGAACUGCUGCUCCGCCCCCUCCAACAACAAGAAACCCCGCAACCUCCGCUGCCUCUCGCCCAUCUCCACCGACGUCGACGACGACGAGGCCAGGCCCAUAAUUCCCAUCACCGUCCUCCCCGACUCCAAGGCGGCCACCGACCUCCCCCUCCGCUACGAGCUCGGGAAGGAGCUCGGCCGCGGCGAGUUCGGGGUGACACGGCGCUGCACCGACACCAAGAGCGGGGAGGUGCUCGCCUGCAAGUCCAUCUCCAAGCGGAAGCUGCGGACGUACAUCGACAUCGAGGACGUGCGGCGCGAGGUCGAGAUCAUGCGCGGCCUCCCGGCACACCCCAACAUCGUGCAGCUGCGGGAUGCCUUCGAGGACAAGGAGGCGGUCCACCUCCUCAUGGAGGUGUGCGAGGGCGGGGAGCUCUUCGACCGCAUCGUUGCCAGGGGCCAUUACACCGAGCGCGCUGCGGCCACCGUCAUGCGGACCAUCAUGGAGGUUGUUCAGCAUUGCCAUAAGAAUGGGGUAAUCCAUCGGGACCUCAAGCCAGAGAAUUUCUUGUUUGCAAAUCAAUCAGAAAAUGCUCCACUGAAGGCAAUCGAUUUUGGGCUCUCUAUAUUCUUCGAGCCUGGUGAAAGAUUCAAUGAAAUAGUUGGCAGUCCAUAUUACAUGGCCCCAGAAGUCCUGAAGCGGAACUAUGGGCCUCAAAUAGAUGUAUGGAGUGCUGGGGUUAUUCUCUAUAUCUUACUGUGUGGUGUCCCGCCUUUUUGGGCAGAAACUGAUGAAGGAAUUGCACAGUCGAUUAUUCGGUCAGUUAUCGAUCUUGAAAGGGAGCCAUGGCCUAAAGUAUCUGAAAAUGCAAAACAUCUUGUGAGAAGCAUGCUUGAUCCAAAUCCCUACACUAGGUUGACUGUUCAAGAAGUUCUUGAACACCCUUGGCUGCAGAAUGUCAAGCAAGCUCCAAACAUUCCCCUUGGAGAAGCUGUCGGAGCAAGGCUUAAUCAGUUUUCAGUCAUGAACAAAUUCAAAAAGAAAGCCUUAAUAGUGGUCGCUGAACACUUACCAGUGGAGGAAGUAGCUGACAUUAAGCAAAUGUUUCACAUGAUGGAUAUCAACAAGAAGGGGAAGUUAACACUUGACGAACUUAAAAAUGGAUUAAACUUAAUUGGACAUCAUAUGCCAGAAAAAGAUAUUGACAUGUUAAUGGAAGUGGCAGACAUAGAUGGAAAUGGUCACCUGGACUGUGAGGAGUUUGUGACCGUAUCCAUCCACUUGAAGAAGAUCCGCAGCGAGGAACACCUUCCAAAAGCAUUCAAACACUUCGACAAAGAUGGAAGUGGAUAUAUUGAAAUUGAUGAGCUGAGAGAAGCUUUAGGAGGUGGUGAACUCGAUGCUAAUGAGCAAGUGAUCUUGGAUAUCAUAUCCGAUGUUGACAAGGACAAGGAUGGCCGUAUAAGCUAUGAAGAGUUUGAAAUGAUGAUGAAAGCGGGAACAGACUGGAGGAAUGCUUCACGCCAGUACUCACGAGCAGUGUUCAGCACCCUCAGUCUUAAAAUGUUUAAAGAUGGAUCCUUGAAGAAAGGAAUAUAAAAUGAGCAGCCAUGUAAGAAAAGUGUGAAAAGAUCAAUGAAGCCUCUCAUUAAAAUAGUCUGUCUUCUUCUCUUAUUUAUAAGGAAUGCACCCAACCUGCUUGGUAUGAAGUUCGAAAUUUCCUACUUGUAUAUAGUUUAGUGGCAUGCAAACUUUUUCAGGUUGGCCAAGGCUAUCAAAUUUUACGUAAUUUUAAAUAAAAUCUGUGAUGCAUUGGAGGUGGUCC